CUAUUAUAGCGCAGGUUGGAGAGGCGUGGGCUACUACCGAUCCCCUAUGAGUGAGGCUUUGAUGUUCGCACAGACGGGCUCUUUACCAGUGCGUCCCGCUGCUAUAGGCUUGGCAUGAAUGACAUUCGCUAUUGGUGGCUGUGCGUACAUAUAGAGGAGCGCUAGCGCGGGAUAAGGGUUGGCGCCUGAGGUUCAUAUGUUCAACUUUUUAAGGAAUUAUUUAUCAGUCAACCCGCCUGUAAAUUUCGCUCGGACAUGAUGGAUUUAUGACAAACUGCAUGCCUUUUCUGGUGGAGUUGGAUUGACGAUUGACUAAUUUGAGCGUCCAUGCGUGUUAUAUUUUUAGAGAUGUGUUUUAUCCCUUAUUCUAGAGCUGAAGUUGUAGGACAAGUUUCGGACACCAAAAUGUGUAUAUUUUUUAUUUUCAUAUUAUCAACUUUAGAAAUAUGUCAGUCGCUGGCCCCUCGGAACGUUUAUACAAAUCACUGGGCAGUGCGUAUUGCAGGGGGACAAGAAGAAGCGGAUAAACUUGCUGCUAAAUAUGGUUAUAAUAAUUAUGGACAGAUCGGGAGUCUGGAGGACCAUUACCAUUUCCACCACAGCAGAGUGGUGCGCAGAGCAGCUUUCUCCACUAGGGGCGCUCACUCCUUCAUCCAGAUGGACCCAAAGGUUGACUGGGUCCAACAGCAGCUAGUGAAGCAGAGAGUAAAGAGAUACAUCAAAAGCGACACCAGAAGCCCUGACCCCAACUUCGUCCACUUCAACGACCCCAAAUGGUCCAACAUGUGGUAUAUUCACUGUACGGACAAGAACAAUCGCUGUCGGUCAGAGAUGAACAUUCUGGCAGCGUGGCAGAGAGGCUACACAGGCAAGAACGUGGUGGUCACCAUCCUGGACGACGGCAUCGAGAGGAACCACCCUGACCUGGCACAGAACUAUGACCAGCUGGCAAGUUAUGAUGUCAACGGGAACGACCAUGAUCCAACUCCUCGUUAUGAUUCUAGCAACGAGAACAAACAUGGGACACGGUGUGCCGGUGAGGUUGCAGCUGUCGCCAAUAACUCCCACUGCAUUGUGGGAAUUGCAUACAAUGCACGCAUUGGAGGUAUUCGUAUGCUGGAUGGUGAUGUGACAGAUGUAGUAGAGGCGAAGUCCCUCGGUGUCAGACCUGACUACAUAGACAUCUACAGCGCCAGCUGGGGACCUGACGACGAUGGAAAGACUGUGGACGGACCAGGGCCUCUGGCCAAACAGGCCUUCGAGAUGGGCAUCAAAAAGGGCCGGAAGGGUCUGGGAUCCAUCUUUGUUUGGGCGUCGGGGAACGGCGGUCGCCAGGGCGACCACUGUUCAUGUGAUGGCUACACCAACAGCAUCUACACCAUCUCGAUCUCCAGCACCACAGAGAACGGCAACAAGCCCUGGUACCUGGAGGUCUGCUCCUCCACACUGGCCACCACCUACAGCAGCGGGGAGUUCUAUGACAGGAAGAUAGUGACCACAGACCUGCGGCAGCGAUGUACUGAUGGCCACACUGGUACCUCUGUGUCGGCUCCCAUGGUGGCUGGGGUCAUCGCUCUCACUCUGGAGGCCAACCCAUUGGUCAGCUGGAGAGAUAUCCAGCACCUGCUGGUCAAGACAUCCAGGCCUGUCCACCUGAAGGCCAACGACUGGAAGACCAAUGCAGCCGGACACAGAGUGAGUCACCUGUAUGGCUUUGGGCUGGUGGAUGCGGAGGGUAUGGUGGUGGAGGCUAAGAAGUGGAGGAGUGUUCCUACCCAGCACACCUGUACUAGGAUGUCUGAACGACGUACCAGGUACAUCCGUGCAGACCAGAGCCUGAACAGCACCAUCACAAGCACAGGGUGUACAGAGCAGGCGGAGCAGCAUGUGAGCUACGUAGAACAUGUGGUGGUCAAGGUUCUGGUCGUCCAUCCACGACGAGGAGAUCUGGAGGUCAGCCUCAUAUCACCCUCAGGAACACGCUCACAGCUACUGGCAAAGAGGUUGUUUGAUAACUCUAAUGAAGGUUUUAGGAACUGGGAGUUCAUGACUGUUCACUGCUGGGGGGAGAGGGCAGAGGGCCAGUGGAUCCUGGAGAUCAUAGACUCUCCCUCAUCUCUACGCAACCCAGAGGUGCUGGGUAAACUGAAAGAGUGGACGCUGGUCCUUUAUGGCACCUCGGGGCACCCGUACCAGUCUCACGGGACCCAGCACUCUCGCUCCAGGAUGCUUGAGAUCCCAACCCCCAGCCGGGACCCCAAUGUGCCCGAACCACCCCCGGAGGUCCUCAAGCACCAGGAGGAGGAAGAGGAGGAGUACAGCGGGCCGUGCCACAGUGAGUGUGGGGACCAGGGCUGUGACGGGCCAGAUUCUGACCACUGUCUGAACUGUAUCCACUACAGCCUGGGCAGCCUCAAGACAGGCAGGACGUGUGUGAGCCACUGUCCGCUGGGCUUCUACGAUAACUUGGAGGCCAGGAGGUGUCGACGCUGUCACAAGGGCUGUGAGAGGUGUGUGGGACGCACCCCCACCGAGUGUCGCUCCUGUCGCAGGGGGCUCUACUUCAACCCCCUCAACACUACCUGCUCUGAGACCUGCCCUGCUGGGUACUUCGCUGACGACAUUCAGAGGAAAUGUCUGAGGUGUCAUGAGAACUGUAUGAAGUGUCUACGGGACUCAGACAGGUGUACUGCCUGUAACAACGGCUACAGUCUGGCAGGGAUGACCUGUGUACCAGAGUGUGCCAACGGAACCUUCUUUCAUCUGGAGGAGAUGAAGUGUAGUCCCUGUCACACCUCCUGCUCUACCUGCACAGGUCAGUGUCCCUGUCACACCUCCUGCUCUACCUGCACAGGUCAGUGUCCCUGUCACACCUCCUGCUCUACCUGCACAGGUCCGUGUCCCUGUCACACCUCUUGCUCUACCUGCACAGGUCCGUGUCCCUGUCACACCUCCUGCUCUACCUGCACAGGUCCAGGUAAGGAGGAGUGUAUCCAGUGUGCCAGAGAUCACCUGCAGCAAGAGUGGAGGUGUGUUCAGACCUGCGCCCCAGGAUACUACUCAACAGAGGAUGCUGGCUACCACCAGGGGAUGUGUCACAAGUGUGAGGAGAAUUGCCUGAGUUGCGACGGCCCCGGGACGACCUGCGUCAAGUGCAAAGACAGUUACAACCUCGUCAGCAGGAUGUGCAUCGUGAACGCCACCUGUAACAAUGCCGACGAGGUGUUUUGUGAGAUGGUAAAGUCCAACCGGCUGUGUGAGAAGAAGCUGUUCCGCCAGUUCUGCUGCAGAACCUGUCUGAUGACCGGUUGAGAAUCCUAGUAGAGAACCUGAAGAGUGGAACCUGGAGAGGAACCCUGCGUGGAACCCACCACUUCCUCAUCCACUGUACAUUUCCAAACUAGCUAAUGUCUGAAUGAAAAGAAAGAGUGAAUAGGCCUUCACUAGGGUUGGGGUCAAUUCCAUUUUCCUCAAUGCAUUCCUGAAUCCACUGAAUUGAAAUGGAAUUGACCCCAACCCGGAACACACACUAUUCCUCCCAUCAAUUUUACCCCGCAAAGGGUAGACUUGAUUUUCAUACGAUACAUACAGUAUUUUAAAGUUGUAUUUUUUAUUUAAAAAACAACAUACAUGUAACAUGUAUAUUUUGUAUUCUAAUGCUGCAUUGUUGUAAAGUAGGGUACUUUUUACAAUGACACGUUAGUGGAUAACUCUCUGAUUGAACCACUGUGUUUUGGAAGUGAAGCUGGUUGAUAAACCAACAGCAUCACUCAAAAUGGGGAUGGUAUUUAUAAGGCACCAAGUGGAAUAAGACAAACUGAAACAUGAAGGGACUACUUGAACGUUUCUGUUUUCUGUUGUGUGCCCUACCAAAUACGACCCUGAUCAACUUUUUCAUACUUAAGAUACAAACUUCCUCACAAAAAAAAUGUUUAUACUGUAUAAGGCUUUUAGUUUUUUUUUAUAAAGAAAUAUGUAAAACAAUGAAUUACUGUAAUUGUAUUUUAGCAGACACUAUUAUUCAGAAUGACUUACAGUAGUGAGUGCAUACAUUUUCAUGUACUGGUCCCCGUGGGAAUCACACCCACAACCCUGGCGUUGCAAGAGCCAUGCUCUACCAACUGAGAUACACGGGACUAUUACUGAAUACUGUACAAUUCCUGUAUACUGUACCAUUUACAAUGCUGUUGUACAUUUUAGAAUGUGUAUUUGAUGUUUCAUCCCAUCGUUUGUUUUUAUGUAUGAAAUAAAAGACGUACAUGUAUGAUA